UCUCUCUCUCCACUGCGUCUGCAACAAUUAUACAACCUCUCUCUCUCUCUCUCUCUCUCUCUGAUAUAUCUUUUGUUUGAGUUGAUCAGUUGAAAAUGGUGACCGUGGAGGAAGUUCGCAAGGCUCAAAGGGCUGAGGGUCCUGCCACUGUGUUGGCCAUUGGGACAGCAACUCCUCCCAAUUGUGUUGAUCAGGCCACCUACCCUGACUACUACUUUCGUAUCACCAACAGUGAGCACAAAGCUGAGCUUAAAGAAAAAUUCCAGCGCAUGUGUGACAAAUCUAUGAUCAAGAAGCGUUACAUGUACUUGACUGAAGAAAUUCUAAAAGAGAACCCAACUAUGUGUGAGUACAUGGCACCUUCCCUUGAUGCCCGGCAGGACAUGGUGGUUGUUGAAAUUCCAAAACUCGGCAAAGAAGCUGCCACCAAGGCCAUUAAGGAAUGGGGCCAGCCCAAGUCCAAAAUUACCCAUUUGGUCUUUUGCACCACCAGUGGUGUGGACAUGCCUGGGGCUGACUAUCAGCUCACUAAGCUCUUGGGCCUCCGCCCGUCCGUCAAGCGACUCAUGAUGUACCAACAAGGGUGUUUCGCCGGCGGCACGGUGCUCAGGUUGGCCAAGGACUUGGCCGAGAACAACAAGGGUGCUCGUGUUCUCGUUGUGUGCUCGGAGAUCACUGCAGUCACCUUCCGUGGGCCCAGUGACACCCACCUUGACAGUUUAGUGGGCCAGGCCUUAUUCGGUGAUGGUGCAGCAGCUGUUAUUGUGGGUGCGGACCCAAUUCCCGAGAUCGAGAAGCCCUUAUUUGAAGUGGUCUCAGCAGCCCAAACCAUCCUUCCCGACAGCGAUGGAGCUAUCGACGGGCAUCUCCGUGAAGUUGGGCUUACAUUUCAUCUGCUCAAGGAUGUUCCCGGGCUUAUUUCGAAGAACAUCGAGAAGAGUCUGAAUGAGGCCUUCCAACCUUUGGGUAUCUCUGAUUGGAACUCACUAUUCUGGAUUGCACACCCAGGUGGCCCAGCAAUUCUAGACCAAGUAGAGUCCAAAUUGGGCCUAAAGCCUGAAAAAUUAGAGGCCACAAGACACAUACUAUCGGAGUACGGAAACAUGUCCAGUGCCUGUGUGCUGUUUAUUUUGGAUGAGGUAAGGAAGAGGGCUGCCGAGAAAGGACUGAAAACCACAGGAGAUGGACUGGAUUGGGGUGUGCUGUUUGGGUUUGGGCCUGGGCUCACUGUUGAGACCGUGGUGCUUCACAGCGUGGGCUUGAAUGCUUGAAUGCUUGAAGGAAUGAAGGAAGAGGAAGCUGCAUCUGUCAGACUCUGCGUUGAUUUGUCUGCUCUUGUUCCUAGAUGUAGUUUUGGUGUGUAUUGGGUUUGUUUAUUUUGAAGCUUGCGUAGGGCAUGUGUCAUGGGGUGAACCUUGUUGCUGCAAUGGCUUUGGCCUGUGUUCACUUUCACGUUGUUUAUUACAUUUAUGAAGACGGGAGGGGGUCUUCAAUGUUCCAUUUCAAAUCAUAAUAUACUUGCUUACCUACUAUUCCAUAAUUAUAUCUCAUAUGUUCGUACCAAGAGA